GCCAACGGGCCGAGUUAUAAGCUAGUAAUUCAAUAUCUCGGGCUUGUGGCUCUAGUUAGGGUGUUAUGUAGGGAUGUCAAUGAGGCGGGUUGGGUCGGGUUAUGCCAAACCCAAACCCAUUGGUUUAUCUACCAAAAAAAAUCGGGGUAAAGUAAAACACACUGGAUUUGGAAAACUCAAACCCAACUCAACCCUUUGGGUAUCUGCUGGUUCAUGUACAAAGAUACAAUUACACUAGUUCUCACUACUAUUGUCUACUACAUACACACUAACUCACAAAUUAUUCAUACUAAUUGUUUAAUAUUAAAGAUAAACAUCCACAAACAAUAUUAUUAAUUGGACUUGUGAGGAAUUAUUUUAGAAUUUAUAGUCAAUUAGUUAAGGGUUCAGUGGGUGUGGGGGUAUGGACUUGGGUGCUGGUAUCCACAGGUUGGAUAUGGCUAAACUCAACCCAACCCUAAAAAGUAUAGUGGGUUUAAAUCCGAACCCGACCUGCAAUUCGUCAAAGCGGGUUUUACCUGCGUUGACCGGGUUGGGUCGGGAAUGGUAGCAGAUUCGCGUUCUACUGCCAUCCCUAGGGUUAUGCACAUUUGCAUAACAAAAUCUGGACCUUCAUUUUUAAGUGGGCUCAGAAAAUCCGAUCUACGGAUGGAGAAUUAAAAACACUUUAUUAUUUCCCCUAGUUUUCUUUAUUGUCUCUUAUCUACUUUGUUCUAACAUAGAUUUCAAUUUUUUUAACAGAUGGAACGAGUUAUUUGUGCUCUACCAAAUGAUAUUCAUUUUCAAUAUUUUUUGAGAAAAAAAAUUUCAUACCUCUCUUUACCAACUCCAUACCAUAUGUUAUCUCUUUCAUUUUUAAGUCGUUUUUGAAAAUAUUGCACAGAAGGAACGAGUUCAUCAUGAUCUAUUUGGAUCUAAAAAUUUUUAGGUGGAAAAAAAGAAGACCAAAAAAUAUCACACUUUAGCACCCUGGUAUGAGGGGUGGUAUCUUGUGGUACGCUUUCAUACCAUAUGAUAUGCUCUUAUUUUAAUACCAAUCAAUACCACCAUGGUAUGAACUCGUAAAAAAUGCCUAAAUUUUGUUUGUUCAAAAAAUAUAUCAAAUUGGAUAUCAUUUUAAAAAACACAAUUAAUAUGAUUUAUCUGUGCAAAAAAAAAUUUAACUCCCUACUUAAAACGAGAGAGAUAUCGUCCGUUAAAAAUUAAAGAGAAAAAUAUUAAAAACUUUCCACGAAAGAUAGAAAAACGUUGAUGUGGCUAUUCUAAUUGGGUUAUUCAUUGUUAUUCACCUGUAGGUUACUCAUGGAAUCCGCUCCCACCUUGUAGAAGUAAAAAGUAGCUUUCAUUUAUUUUUAUUUUUAUUUUUUCGUUGAAUAGCUGUCAUUUAUUCAUUGAGGCCCAAUAACAGAGCCAUUCCGUUAACCCAAUAGCUCGGGCCUUGGCCAACUACAAGAACACCUGGGGCCCAAAGUUGGCCGCGCAAACGGCAACCCAGGCAGAUUCGAAAUUCAAAACUAUCCAGAAAAGCAACGGCCGCUCAUUUUUUGAAUUUACUUUGCAUCCUAGCCGUCCACUGCUCUUGGCACAUAACAAUCAACGGUUCUCCGUCUUCCUUUCCACGCUCCGCAGAAAGGAAUAUAUAAGAAAGUAAACGCGCAGAGACUAAAUCGGCAGAGCCAUUGAGCAAUCAAGCAACUGGAAGAUAGAGAGAGAUGGAGAAACCGGCGACGACGGCGUCAGUGAUGGAGUUGUUCGAGAAACUGGAGAAGGUCGGGGAAGGAACGUACGGAAAGGUGUACAGAGCGAGGGAGAGAGCAACAGGGAAGAUCGUGGCUCUGAAGAAGACUCGACUCCAUGAGGACGACGAAGGAGUUCCUGCAACCACUCUUCGCGAGGUCUCCAUCUUGAGAAUGCUCUCCAGGGAUCCUCACGUCGUCAGAUUGUUGGACGUGAAACAAGGGCUGAACAAAGAAGGGAAAACAGUUCUGUACCUGGUGUUUGAGUACAUGGAUACUGAUCUGAAGAAAUAUAUCAGGAGCUUCCGCCAAACGAAAGCCACUAUUCCUACCAACAUUGUUAAGACCUUGAUGUAUCAGUUGUGCAAGGGUGUUGCUUUCUGUCAUGGGCAUGGGAUCUUGCACAGGGACCUAAAGCCCCACAAUUUGUUGAUGGACAAAAAGACAAUGAUGCUUAAGAUUGCAGAUCUUGGUCUAGCUCGUGCAUUUACUCUCCCUAUUAAGAAGUACACCCAUGAGAUCUUGACUCUCUGGUAUAGAGCUCCUGAAGUCCUCCUAGGAGAUACCCACUACUCAGUUGCAGUCGACAUAUGGUCCGUUGGCUGCAUAUUUGCUGAAUUAGUGAAUCUACAAGCUAUAUUCCAAGGAGAUUCAGAGCUGCAGCAGCUUCUGCAUAUAUUCAGACUGUUGGGUACACCAAAUGAAGAGGUGUGGCCUGGAGUCAGUAACCUUGUGAACUGGCAUGAGUAUCCUCAAUGGAGUCCCCAGAGUUUGUCAACUGCUGUCCCUACUCUGGACAAAGAUGGGCUUGAUCUCCUCGAACAAAUGUUGAAGUAUGACCCGGCAAAGCGUAUAUCAGCAAAGAACGCCAUGGAACAUCCAUACUUUGAUGAUGUUGUGAAGGAGGGUCUGUGAGAGGAUGAUGUAGUAGGAGAGAAGAUGAUCAUUUGCUACAAUCAAUCCAAGCCAGGCCAAGUUUUCAAGAUCACCUCCGGUCAUGUAGUCAUGAUGGGGAUGGUGAUGCUCACUCCAGUGACAAUAGGAUAAGAAAGCUUCUAUUUUGUGCUUCUCUCAAGCAAAUUUUAACAAUCAUAUGAUGUUCUAUGAUAUUAAGAUAAUAUGCCCAUAAGUCCUGAUGUUAGGCUUUGGCAGAUAGCUUGAUGAUUCUCUGAACUUGUUUUGCUUGAACCUCUUAAGUAUCAACUUGGUUGAUUGAACAACUUCUUAUGUAUUAACUAAGGAACCUUUUUCUUUUAUAAAUGUCAACUAACUUCUUAGUCAGUAUAUUGGAAGAGA